AUGGCGGACGAGCCGGCGCUGCCGGUGGCGGCGGGGAGGGACAAGGACGAGCGCCGCCGCUUGAUAGGCAGGUGCGCGCUCGCCGUCGUCGGCAUCAUGAGCACCCUCCUCGUCUACGGCGUCCUCCAGGAAAAACUCAUGAGAGUUCCCUAUGGAGCAGAGAAGGAGUUCUUCAGAUACUCACUAUUUCUUGUUUUCUGUAACCGUAUCACCACAUCCAUGGUGUCUGCACUCGUGUUACUGUCGAGUAAGAAGUCCACGGACCCAGUGGCUCCAAUCCAGAAAUACUGUGUUGUCUCCUUCUCAAACAUACUAACCACAACUUGCCAGUACGAGGCCCUCAAGUAUGUGAGUUUCCCUGUCCAGACACUUGCCAAAUGUGCAAAGAUGAUUCCUGUUAUGAUUUGGGGCACGAUAAUUAUGAAAAAGAAGUAUGGUGGAAAAGAUUACUUCUUUGCAGUCAUUGUGACCAUGGGCUGCUCAUUGUUCAUUCUAUACCCGGCAUCAAUGGAUGUUAGUCCACUUAAUAAAGGCAGAGAAAGUACUGUUUGGGGUGUUUCGCUCAUGCUUGGUUAUCUUGGAUUUGAUGGUUUCACAAGCACCUUCCAAGACAAACUCUUCAAAGGGUAUGAGAUGGAAAUUCACAACCAAAUAUUCUACACGACAAUGUGCUCUUGUGUUAUUAGCUUGAGUGGGCUUAUUCUCCAGAAUCAUCUUCUUCCAGCUGUGGACUUUAUGGUUCGUCAUCCAGAUUGCUUCUAUGACGUCCUAAUCCUAUCCACUGUUGCAACAGCUAGCCAGUUCUUCAUAUCCUACACUAUCCGGACAUUCGGGGCUCUCACAUUCGCUACCAUCAUGACAACCAGACAGUUGGUGAGCAUACUACUGUCCUGCGUCUGGUUCGUGCAUCCCCUUAGCUGGAUGCAGUGGGUUGGAGCUGCCAUUGUAUUCGGAGCCCUGUACACCAAAACCUUCUCAAGAAACAAAUCGCAGAAGGCCGCGGUCGCGAGCUCAUCGUCGCAGGGUUCUGUGCCAAAUGCUGCUAACAGUUGA